UGAAGAUCAGUGUCAGUUUCCAACAAGGACUCUAUAUUUAGAUGGCAAGGGGACUGGGUGACCCAGUGUGAAUGCAACGUACAGUACAAACACGCUCCUCUCCUCCACACACUCUUUCACCCGCUAGCCUUUUCUUUUCUAUGGGUAUAUGGUGUGUUUUGGUACUUCUCGUGUUUCUCUUUUAGAAGAAGCUUCCUCACACCACCAUGACAGGCUCAUGCGACUUAGAGAAUGGCUAGUGCUUGGCAAGAGACUACCGCUUGGUGAUUAGUGAAGUGGCAGUAAGAGGGGACCAUGUGCCAGUCUGAGGUGCCAGAGGUCAGACUGGGCCUGAACAGUCCUGACCCACUAGUGAGAGAGGCUUUUCUUAUGGCCCAUGACUACAUAGAAUAUGUAACCACAGGGGGGGCAGAUGGCUCCAUGGGUGCUGCCCCUACAGCCUGCACUGCAGCCCUGCGUCACGCCGGAGAUGAGCUCCUCACUCGCUUCCCCAUAUUCUUCAAACGCUGGCCUCGUGUCUUCCAAGAUGUGACGGAGAGCACGGCUUGCCCCAUGCUCAUAAGCAUCCUGGAUGAGCACUUCUUUCCCCCAGUUCCUGGGGGGCGCCGCAGGGACCUAGCCUGGAGUGCAGUGCUGUCUGUGUAUGUACUGGCUGGCCAGAUGGCACUGCAUUGCCAUGAGAGGGGCAUGUUGGUGGUUCUGCCACAGCUGAAGGAGUGUGUGGGGGCCUACGUGGAGAGGGUCAUCUGCCCAGAGAUAAGAAACAAGGGGGGAUGGAGUGGUUUUGUGUCGCGCUUUGGAGAGAAGCAGGGCUUGGAGGGCCAGGUGAAGAAACUGUGCUGUUGGACAUUGUUGGCAUUGGCCAUAAGCAUCCUCACCUACUUCUUGUGGAAAAGAAUGGCUUAGCCAACACUGCCACCAGGUGACCACAACCAGAAACUCUCCAAGCUGCCACAUUAAAGUGUCAGUGAUGUUUAAAGGUCUAGCUUUAAACUGUGUAGAAACUUGUUACUCAAUAAAAAAAACCCAUACACAUCAUAGCUAGUGUUCUGGUAAUAACAGACAUGGUAACCCAAGAUGUAAGAGUAUUUAAGCUAAGCCAUUCCAACAGUCACAUUGGCAAAAAUGGAGUCAAUUAUGUUGUUUAUGCAGCUGUACGUGAACUUUGAACUGGCAUCAUAAAGUAAUUUGCCCUGAGCUCCACAUCAGCUGUGCACAUGACAAGACAAGACAGGACAAGACAACUUUGUUUGUAUAGCCCAUUUUUACAAGAAGUUUGUCUCAAAUGGCUUUACAUAACAUCAUAGCAACAUCCUGUACCCUCACGUCGACUAAGGAAA